GCGACUGCGCGGCGCUGCCGACUGAGGGGGAGGGGACGGCGCGCUCCCGUUCUUGCCCCGUGCUCGGCCCGGGGGGGGGAAAUGGCGAGCCUGAUUCCCGCGGCGACCUCAUCUCCCGCCGGCGCUCCUUCCCGUAGCAAGAAGCGCCCGGCAAGCCCGGGCACCGGCAGCGGUCCGGCCAAGAAAAAGAAAGUGGCAGCGUCGAGCGGCUCGCAGAGUGCAGGUGGAGAGGUCGUGAAUGAAAAUAAAUUUCUGAAUACGGACUCCAGCACAGGAUCAGUGGAAACAGCCGUCAAGCCAUUACCAUUUAAAGAUCCAAACUUCAUUCACUCCAGCAUUGGUGGAGCAGCAGCUGGCAAGAAGAACAGAACUUGGAAGAACCUAAAACAAAUUCUUGCUUCUGAAAGGGCAUUGCCAUGGCAACUAAAUGAUCCUAGCUAUUUUAGCAUUGACGCUCCUCCAUCCUUUAAGCCUGCAAAGAAAUAUUCAGACAUUUCAGGACUUCCAGCAAAUUACACUGAUCCCCAGAGCAAGCUGAGAUUUAGCACUAUUGAAGAAUUUGCCUAUAUUCGGAUGCUCCCUUCAGAUGUGGUUACAGGAUACCUGGCUCUAAGGAAAGCAACAAGCAUUGUUUCCUGAAAAGACCAAAUAUUGUUGUGCGUCACCCCUGAAUGGUGCUAGGUUUGAGAAUUAUGAGAGAAGCUGCCUGCAGGAUUGAGGUUCCUUCAAACUCUCCAUUGAUAUUUACAUCUGGAAGUUGUUGAUGACACAUGGAUUUGAAUGAACAUGUGGAUUUAAUUCUGACAAAUACUUACAUUUGUUACUUUUCCAAUUUGUAAGCAAUUUGGUUUGGUGGCCAAGAUAACUUAAGACCUUAAGGACAUGGAUCAGCACCAUAAUGUCCAAGCUAUAUUAAUUUCUUUAGAGACAGGAUUUCAUUCCCACUCUAUAUAUUUAAGUACUGGUCUGGCUCAGAAGAAUAAACAGCCAAUUAAAUAAAGGAAAAAGUUCCAAGACAUCCCAGCUUCCAAGACCUGCCUUGCAGAUGUGCUUUCCAUUUGGCUAUGAAGAAGCUUGUCCCACCUGUGAAAAUCCAAGUUAACAUACCAGCUAAGUGUUGCUAUUGGGAUGAAUGCUUAUGGUACAGAGCACUGUGAACAGCUUCACACAAAUACUUGCAUCGAAGAAUGGUCAGCAUACAUCAAGGUGGACUCAAAGUCAUUUUAAAAUAUUAAUGAGUAUGUAUAAUGGACUCAAGCCACAUCACCAGGAAACUCUUAGUUGUGACACUUGGUAUUUUUUGAGUGCUUCAUUCCACAACUCAACUGUUCUGCCUCUGCUAGUUGGUUCAUUAUUAUUACUAUUAUUAUUAUUAAUUAAUACAAGAAAAGUACUUAUCUCCCAGACUUUUUAGGAAAGGAUGCUAUAGGAGCAGGAAUUCCUCUGGCCAAUGGCAUUUUGGUACUCAGAUGGUCUUCAGCAAGGCAGGACCUCUUAGAUGAGGGCACCAACCUUUGCACUCUGAAGUAACAGGAAAGUAUGCGAGAGGAACUGAAGACUGUCUCUCUUCAGAGAAAGGAGAAGGAAGGAGAGCUCAGACUCUUGCUGGGGGUUGACAAGUACUUGCUGACAUCAGAAACAAUCAUGAUUUUCUGAAACUAAGCUUGGGGGGAAAGUGGGCAGUCCUCACUUCAUCCAAGUUCCAUCAUGGACAUUAUGCAAGUCCCCUCUUUGAGGGCGCAAGGAGCACACAGUGGGUACUAGUUAAUGUCUAAACUGCAUCUUCAGUGCACGUUUCUAUAGCAAUGAUAAUUAUUGGAACAGACGUUUUCUCAUUGAAAGAAUAAAUAACGCUAGUUUAAUCUCAACUCUAAAACAGGAAAAAUAGCUUAACAAUGGGGUACAUUGUUCAAUGAAUGUAUGUGGGACUCAUUCCUUGUUUUUUUGUGAUCUAAUAUUUACAAAAACAAAGUAGUUUGAAAAGUCUUUGACAUGCUUACAAUAGAUCCGUCAAAGAUCUGGAUACCAGAUAAUGCUACAACUGUAUCACAGAACAAAAAAUAAUAGGAGAGGAUAUCUCUCUUCACGCCAGUAGGCAUCCAAGCCACAUUCUCUUUGCAUUUGAGUUUUAUAAUGGCUAUUUUAACAGAAGAUAAGUCUAUAAGAUAAGCUUAACUGAUAUGGAAAGCAAACAUAGAACUUCUCUAAGAUCACUUUUGCUUUAAGUAAACAGACACUAGCUUAGAAAAUGAGAUUUCACCAGCUUGUUCUCUCCCACAAGUAUUUUCAGCAUUCUUUGGGAAUGACUGUUUAGGAGCACAGGCUCCCUCCCUAUCAGAAGUGUUCCAGGCACUCCUGCACUGAAUGCAAAAGUGUUACUUUUCUCAGCUAAUUUCUACUGAAGUUUGUAUGCAAUCCAUUUUCAAAACCUAAGCAUCUUGAUGAAUCAGCAUCAAAAAAGUAAAUGUGGCUUAGGUUUGGCAUAAACAUUAUUAACUCCUCAGUGGUUUCUAGCCACAGCUACUGGAUUCCCUUCUCAUUCCUUGUUUUUAACUUUGCUGCAGGCCCUCUUUGCUUGGUAUGCAGUACUCCACUUACUAGGCUGUGCUGUAUUUGUUGAAAGUCAUGAAACCAUGCAGUUUUACACUGAUCAACUGUUUACUACGUGCAGUAGUUAAAAAUGUAUUUGUUUUUGCAGGAAACUGAGAACAGAAAAGAUCCAGUAGCCAAUGUGUUGAUCAGUCCAACUAAGUUCUUUUUGGGAAUAGCUUGUGGGCUGCUGCUCUCAUCAGUGGCUUCCGUGAGAGAACUGUGCAACAGCAGUAUUGCUGUACAGAGCAGAAAACAUGGAUAAGUGAAGAGCUACUCUGUGCCACAGAGUAUUUUUAAAGUAUGUGUUAUUGUCAGCCUCAGAAGAACUGAAAAUUGAGAAGUGCAUUUAUAUUUAAAAGUAUUUCCAGGACAUAAAUAAAAGAAGCUGAAUUUAAAUUGCAGAGAGGACUAAAGAAAGGCAUUUAAAAAGGCAAGUGGUGACAAAAACCAUUUCAGACUUCAGGAAAAUAUGUUUUGACAAAUAGUGCUGUUACAUACGUAAAGUGAAAAAGCCAGCAGUCACAGAAAUGACCAAUCUGUUGAUGUGCGGAUGUUGCUGCCUAUAAAGUAUCACCUGGGCACGCUACGUGCUACAGAUACGGAUGGCUUCAGCCUGCAGCUUGUGGGACAGUGAUGCUGGUGGCAACAUUUCCAGAGAGAAGGCGUGUGCUGCAGACAGCUGGAGAGCAGCAGCCUUCCCAGCAGCCGUGGCUGCUGCCUCCACCCUUCCCAUUCCCUUCUAGAUGGGAGAGCAGGAUCGCCUUGGCUCCUUCCUUGCUGCUUCCCAGCUAGUUUGUACAGCAGUUCUGUGGUCCUUGAAAGCUCCCUGCCUCUCCCUUUUCCUCUGCCUUAGCCCCACAACCUGGAGAUCACCAAAGUGCAAUUUAGAGAGGUACUGCUCAUUUUGGAGUCCUGCCACUUCACUGUCCUAUAUUCCCAUUUUCUCCUCUAGCAGCAUUCCGGAUCCCCAUAGAAUUGCUAAGUAUGGUCUUCCACAGAUAAGAGUAGCAGGUGUGUGCAGGGAGAUGUGCCUUCAUCUUUUUUGACAGAGACCAGUAAGUGUCAAAGCUCUUAUAGCACAAGGAGACUAAAGUAAGUGCAAAGACGACGACUCAGCACUGGUGAGGCCUCACCUUGAGUUCUGUGUUCAGUUUUGGGCCCCUCACUACAAGAAAGAUACUGAGGCCCUGGAAUGUGUCCAGAGAAGGGCAGCAAAGCUGUGAGGGGUCUGGAGCACAAGUCUUAUGGAGAGCUGCUGAGGGAACUGGGAUUGUUCAGUCUGGAGAAGAGGAGGCUCUGGGGAGACCUUAUUGUUCUCUACAGCUGUCUGAAAGGAGGUUGUGGCAAGGGGCUAUUUACCCUCUUCUCCCAGGUAAUGGUGAUAGGAUGAAAGGUAAUGGCCUUCAGUUGUGCUAGGGGAGGUUCAGGUUGGAUAUUUGGACAAACUUCUUCUCUGAAACAGUGAUGAGGCAUUGGAACAGGCUGCCCAAGGACAUGGUGGAGUCACCGUCCCUGGAGGCAUUCAAGAACCGUGUGGAUGUGGCACUAAAGGACGUGGUCAUUGGGCAUGGUGGGGGUGGGCUGGCGGUUGGACUGGAUGAUCUAAGUGGUCUUCCCUAACUUUAAUGAUUCUAUGACUUCUUAGUAGUGAAAAAUAUCAAAGUAAAAAUGAACUAGCGUAAGGUUAAAAAGCUUUAGUAAAUCCCUUCUAUUAAGAAAAAAGCUCAAACUCACUGCAUAAUUAUAUUUUUUUCCUGAAGACCUAAGGUAGUAAAUUAGUCCAACAAUAAUUUAUUACUAGAAAACUGAAAAUUGCCUCUAAUGCACAUGGUUUACAUACCCAGACAAAAUAGCACAUAGCUUUUUCAUUCUGAAACACUUCAGGGAAGAAGACUUAAGGAUGAUGUUAGGUUCCAGGGAAAAAAAACAAAAAACAAAACAAAACAUAAAAACAACUGGCAGCUGACUUUGUGCUCUGUUAACCAAGAAUAGUCAAGCGGUAUUCUGCAUUACUUCUGAACAGUUCAGUCACCCCAGGAUGAUGAUACAGCUAUGAUUAGAAGUCGAAGAAAUCCAUUAUUUCCCUCAUUUUAGUGUGUGUGUCGCAAUUACAAACCACUUUUUCUCUGCUGGGUGGGUGGGCUUUAACAGAGUAAUACAUCUUCGUGUAAUAAAACACUGAAGUCCAUUUGAUAUCUG